UGCCCAUUCUGUUUAGGUUCCUGACUCCCUGGGUUCUUUCCUGCUGGGGACAAUUCUCUUCCUGUCCCAGCCCGGGGUCGGGGCUGAGCCCCAGGCUCUGGCGGUUUGGGCCUCGGGCGUCAUGGGCAGAAUAGGCCCGCCACCCCUGGCCCAGACGAGGGGGUGCUGAGGGUCAGGGUGGGCAUGUGUCAGGCCCCUUGACCUUUGUAGGCCAGGGCUUGGUGACGGAGCUAUACAGUGAGUCUCCCUUUGCCUGGGAGGAGGAAUUUGGACUCGGACAAUACAGCUCUGUCUGUUCCUGGCUUGGGGGUGGUGUCCCCCAACCCCCAAUAAAUGCCAUCAAGGGAUGGAGGCAGUUUUCCCCUGGUGGCUUGGGCACCCCUGCCCGUCUGUGACUGCUGCCUUUUCUCGGCUGGUCUGGCCAGUUUGGCCGUGACCUGGCCUUUCUUGCCUCUAACCCCUUCUCCCCGCCCUCACAUUUCUCCCGCAGUCUGUAGGUGGGAGGGGCGUGGGGUGCUGCCUGCCAGGAACUUCUGAUUUGGGGGGCCUUCAAAGGUUUUGUACGUCCUUCUAUGCAGCUCUUGGCUGAGGAGAAGGGGCCUGAGGCAGGGAGUCUUGUGGGAGGGGGCAGGGUAGGAGGCUGCUCUCUGGCCCAGCCCCUUUGCCGUGGAAGCCGGAGAGGCCCAGCCGCCAGUGUGAGCGGCUGCUGCUGGGUUGCCCGCUGGUGUGGCUUCAGUCUCCCCCGACGACAGGAAAACAGAUUGUUUUAGGAGGGUCCAGGCGAGAGAGGGGGCCCACAGAAGCCAGGAGCAUCCAGGAACGACUUGUCUGCAGCCCACAGAGUCUGGAAGAACCAUGGGGCUCAGGGCUGAGCUGAGCGUCUUCCUAGUCGGACUUUGGUUCCUCCUGCUACUGAUGGCAGGCGCAGGCAGGGGGCGCAAAAGAGGACCUUUCAAACCAAGUCUGGGGGUCUGCUCCAACCAGACCCUGGUGGUUCCGCUCCGCUACAACGAGUCCUACAGUCGGCCCGUGUACAAGCCCUACCUGACGCUGUGCGCGGGGGUGCGCGUGUGCAGCACCUACAGGACCACGUACCGCGUGGCCUGGCGGGAGGUGAGGCGCGAGGUCCAGCAGGCGCACGUAGUGUGCUGCCAGGGCUGGAGGAAGCCGCGUCCGGGAGCGCUCACCUGUGAAGCCAUCUGCUCCAAGCCUUGCCUUAACGGAGGUGUGUGCACUGGACCGGACCAGUGCGAGUGUGCCCCAGGCUGGGGAGGGAAGCACUGCCACGUGGACAUCGAUGAAUGCAGGGCCAGCCCUACCCUCUGCUCUCACGGCUGUCUCAACACCCUGGGCAGCUACACGUGCGGCUGCCCGCACCCGCUGGCUCUGGGUCCGGACGGACGCACCUGUGCAGCGGGGCCUCUGGAAUCCUCUACGAGUGCCAGCGUCCUCAGUGUGGCGGUUCGGGAAGCGGAACGUGAGGAGCGAACCCUGAGGGAGGUCGCCGAGCUGCGUGAGCGCCUGGAGCGGUUGGAGCAGUGGGCCACACAGGCUGGGGCCUGGGUCCGAGCAGUGCUGCCCAUGCCGCCUGAAGAGCUGCAGCCCGAACAGGUGGCCGAGCUGUGGGGCCGGGGAGACAGGAUCGAGUCCCUCAGUGACCAGGUGCUGCUGCUUGAGGAAAAGCUGGGUGCCUGCGCCUGUGAGGACAACAGCCUGGGCCCACGCCUCCAUGGUUGACGAGGAACCUGUCAGCAGCCUGGAUCCUAAUUUAUACAGAAACCGCACUAUCUGGGAUUGGCAGAUGAGGGUGUUGACCAGCAAGGCACAAGGAGCCACAGAAAAUCUCCAGAUCUCUCUUUAUUCUCAGUUGCUUUCUGUUACCCAAAUAAAAACCAACCACGCAAAA